AUGGAUCCUAGCAAUGUUCUUGAAGAUAUACUACACUCUAUUUCUAAUCUGCAAAAUGAGUCAGACCAUUUAUUGAAAGAGAUUAAAGAAGGCAAUUUGAAAGCUGCAGAAAGAAGAGAGAAAUAUAAUUGUGAUAGUAAUAAGCUAUCUAAAUAUAUAAAAAAAAAUGGCUCAUUAGCUAUAAAUGUCGAAGAAGAGAGGAUAAGUGCGCAAAUGAGAGACUAUUUGGAUGUAAGCCUUUCUUUACAGCGUGAAAACUUUGUGAGAGCAAACACAAUACUAUUUCUCGUAUCCAAACAUUUGAAAAAAUUAGAAAAUGACCUUGAAGUUCUAGAGGCAGAUGGAUUAUUAGCACCAAUAGAUCAUAGCUAUAAUUCUGAUUCAAGCGAUAGCCAUACUACAACGGCAAGGAGUACAAAGCAAAGUUCUGCUCAAGAGAUCAAAAAUAGGGAAAGGAAAAGAAGAAAUAGUUCUAUUAAUCAAGCGUCUACUGCUUCAGUGUUACCUUCUAUGAAGAGAAAGAAAGUAAAUGCUUCGGUUUCUAUAGCUUCUCCUAUGACUUCUAGUAACUUGCCAGCCACAUAUAACAAUUUAACUCCGACCAAGGUAGAAUCAGAAGUACCUGCUAAAAGUCGUAGAAAAUUGGGCGCCUCAUCAACCAGUAAUAAAAAAGAGCAUGAUAAUAAUAAUAAUGAUGAUGAUAAAGCAUUAUAUUGUUACUGCCAGAGUGUUUCUUAUGGGGAAAUGGUGGCAUGUGAUGGCCCAACUUGUAAAAAGGAGUGGUUCCAUUAUGAAUGCGUUAGCUUAAAAGAACCACCCAAAGGUUCGUGGUAUUGUGAAGAGUGUAAGAAAGAAAACAACAAAUUAAAACAAAUGAGAAAAAGACAGCAUUGA